CUUUCUCCGUCGGGGCGGCUCGGCCUUUUCCGUGGGUCAGGCUCGUCGGCGUCGGUGAGGAAGGCUCGGCCGUGUCCGGGCGGUGGCUGGGCAUCCCGGUCCCGGCCGUGGCUGCGGCGCUGGGGCUGUUCACUGCGGCGGCUGCGACCCCCCGGUGCCCGGUGCCCGGUGCCCGGUGCCCGGUGCCCGGUGCCCGCCCUCCGGUGCCCAUGCAGGCCAUCAAGUGCGUGGUGGUCGGCGACGGAGCCGUGGGAAAGACCUGCCUGCUCAUCAGCUACACCACCAAUGCCUUCCCCGGAGAAUACAUCCCCACCGUCUUCGACAACUACUCGGCCAACGUGAUGGUGGACGGGAAGCCGGUGAACCUGGGCCUGUGGGACACGGCCGGACAGGAGGACUACGACCGGCUGCGGCCCCUCUCCUACCCCCAGACCCGCCCCGCGCACGGUAGGCGCUCGCUAACGACGACCGAUCGAACGAACCCCUGCCUCUGCCCCCAGGAUGUCUUCCUGAUCUGCUUCUCCCUGGUGAGCCCGGCCUCCUUUGAGAACGUCCGUGCCAAGUGGUACCCAGAAGUGCGGCAUCACUGCCCCAACACGCCCAUCAUCCUCGUGGGCACCAAGCUAGACCUGCGGGACGACAAGGACGCCAUCGAACGGCUGCGGGACAAGAAGCUGGCUCCCAUCACCUACCCCCAGGGCCUGGCCAUGGCGAGGGAGAUCGGUUCCGUCAAGUACCUGGAGUGCUCGGCCCUGACGCAGAGGGGGCUGAAGACGGUGUUCGACGAGGCCAUCCGGGCCGUGCUCUGCCCCCCGCCCGUCAAGAAGCCCGGCAAGAAGUGCACCGUCUUCUGAGGGUCCCGGGGGAGCAGCGGGGGAGGUCCCGGGGGGCCCGGAGCCCGCCCGGGGAGGAAACGGGGGUCGCCCCGCCGGCCGGCCUGGGGAGCCGGGCCGGGUUUGGUGUCGUUGUCCAAGUUUUUGAUUUCCCUUCAGUCGUGCUGUGAUGGGG